AUGCCCAGCACAUCCUCAUUUGGUAUAGAAGACGAAGAAGAUACACAAUUCGACUCUCCGGAAGAUGAGAUAGCUCAUUACAGAGACAAGUACAGGCAGGCUAUUGAAAUGCUUUCCGAUACGAGGGCGGAGCUUGAGGAAUUCCAGCAAUCCUCGAAGGAGCUCGAAGAUGAAAUGGAGCAAGAGCUCUCGGCCAACGACAAGCAACAAGCCGACUUGAGAGAAAAGAUCAAGCGACUGGAGCAAGAAAAGGACGAAUGGAAGAACAAACACAUUGCCUUGCAAAAGAUGCACAGUUCUACAACGUCGGCAAUGCAGAGGGAGAUGGACAACCUGAGAGUCGCUGCGUCAUCGCUCCUCGACAUGGAGAGCAGGUAUAACAGAGCGAUAGAAGAAAAGACAUUGCUCGAGCAAGACGUCGCUACCAAAGAUGAGAUGGAGGCUGAGGCACAACGGCUGAAAGACGAGGUUCGAGAUGCAAACGAGGAGAUCAGCAUUCUCAAAGAUCAGCUCGCUAGAGCGAUCUCCACUCCACCAUCCUCCGUUUCCACAGCCUCUCCCACACACGAACCGAUCCGCAAGGUCUCUCGCUCAAGUCUGUCUGAAGACUCGUCUUCCUCUCCUCUACCACCACCCGUCCCCAGCAAGACAGAUUCUACCCACGGAUCCCCCCGACCACGCAUGACCCGCAGCGGCACUCUAUCUUCCAUCCCCGUCCCCAGCCCCUCCACCAAGCGCUUCAGCCACAUCCCCCAAUCCCCCUCCACCACCUCUCUCAGCCGCUCCACGACAUCCCGCAACCUCGCAGCGGCUGCUGGUACGCCCCUGCCCAACUCGCCCGCUGGGCUUACAAGGAGUAGAAGUGGGAUCCCGCAAGCAUCUCCGGCGAGGGUCUCGGUCAUUGCUUCGCAUCAGCAGACAAAGUCGCGAGGGUUCAAGCUUUUGCAUGAUUUGCAGGCGAGGUUGAAGGCGACGGAUGAUAAGCUCGGCGGAGCAAAGGUCCCCAGGAGGAAUGUUUCUGGAACAGGGGCUACAGUGUUCGGGGCGGUAGGAGCAGUAGGAAGACGAGUGACGUCGACUUCGUCGACUGCUACCGCCCGUUCCAAGCAGACCGACAUUGCCCCUGCUACCACUCUCAACAGAUCACAAACCACCCCCCUCGCUCAAGCGUCUGCUCUUCCUCGAACGGGGAGCGUCAUGUCGCCAGGCUGGGUCCUUGUCGGCGAAGGGGAUGAUACCCCCACAGGACCUUGGAGCAUGACUCUUCCCACCGACGAGCCCCAGUCUCCUCUGGACCCUAACUUUAGGAGCACGAGCACAACCAGCUCAAACAGGUCAUUGCCGAUGCGUCCAGGGAUCCCUUCGCCUUUGGCCAGUGGGCUAGCGAGAUCGAGCACUACGAGCGGCAGACUCCCCUCGGGUAGACCGCCCUCGAGAUUGGCACAGAGCACGACCAAGAGGGAUCUGGCUGCGCGUCCUAUGUCGCCAACCCACAUCCCUAUCGCCUCUGCCCGACAGAACUCUCGCCCCAUGUCACCUUCUUUAAUCCCGACUGCUUCCUCCAGACCACUCUCACCAGAGAUGUGGAACCGCUCGGAGUCCCCAGCCUUGGGCUUCUCAGCCCUCGGCCAAUCCACCUCGGCCUCGUCUUCUCGUCUAGGCUCUGACUCUAGCUCCGCGCCCAACAUCGUCGCAAGGCCCCCUUCCCGCUCGGGUUUGAACAAACGCAAUCCCAUCGGCCGUGGGCCCCCACCUACUACAACCUCGCGUCUACACCAUCACCACUCCCGUGGGUCUCUGUCUGCGAUACCGGCAGCGUCCACGGGUAUUGAAAAGGUCGAGCGAGCAAAGAGGCUCGGGAGGCCGAGUUCGAUGGGAGGAGAGAAGCGGUCCGCUGCUGGGGAAAAGGGGUCUGGGGCAAUGGCGGGGAGGCCAAAUGGAGCAAGGCCGUCGAGUGUGCAUACUUUCAAUGGGACGCCACCACCGGUACCGAGGAUACCCAGCUCUAUUCUGCGAGAUAAGGGGAAGAAGAUCUAG